CUUUAAAUAUGCGGGGUAUGUGGCACUGUAGUGUCAGUUUAGUGAAGUCUGCUGCAGAGAUACCGCCGAGCCGUCUGGACACACUACCAACGCACUCAGCUGGAGCUUAGCCAUUUACACAAACCGUACCUGCUUUUCAAAAAAAAGUCCACAUUAAGAACCAUAACAAUGCCCAACUGGGGAGGAGGCAACAAGUGUGGGGCCUGCCAUGGGACAGUUUACCACGCCGAGGAAGUGCAGUGUGACGGGAAGAGUUUCCACAAAUGCUGUUUUCUCUGCAUGGUCUGCAGGAAGGGCUUAGACAGCACCACACUGGCUAUUCAUGACCAGGAGAUCUACUGCAAGUCAUGCUACGGGAAGAAGUACGGCCCAAAAGGCUACGGCUACGGUCAGGGGGCCGGGACGCUCAACAUGGACCGAGGAGAGCGGCUGGGAAUCAAACAUGAAGAGACACAAACUCACAGACCGACCACCAACCCCAAUCCAUCCAAAUUUGCCCAGAAGUUCGGAGGUUCAGAGAAAUGUGCCCGGUGUGGAGACUCUGUCUAUGCAGCUGAGAAGAUCAUGGGCGCAGGCAAGCCAUGGCAUAAGAACUGCUUCCGCUGUGCAAAAUGUGGCAAGAGCCUGGAGUCGACCACUCAGACUGAGAAAGACGGAGAAAUCUACUGCAAAGCGUGUUACGCCAAGAACUUCGGGCCAAAGGGAUUCGGUUAUGGCCAAGGAGCCGGCGCUCUGGUUCACGCUCAGUGAUUUGUGAACUGGAUCAUUCCUCUGUCCAACAGAAUCAUCAGCCAGCCCUUUUCAUGUGUUUUCUCCCUCAGUUGCUUUUAUGUUGAAAUCAAUGCUCAUGGUACAAAUAAAAACAUUGACAAAACAAA